AUGGUAAUAAGUUAGGAUCAGAUGGUAUUGUGAUAACAUCAGCUGUUGGGUAGGGUCACAGCUGAGCUCAGAGAAAAUUUAACCUUUAAAAUUGGAAAAUAUUAUAUUGGAGAAUAGGAGUCCAUCAACCAUCAUUGUUUGUCUGAUAUACAACCUUUUCCCGAUUUAUUCUGACAAUUUGUGUCAUUGAAAUACUUUUUAUCUUGCAAAAUGUGGUAUGAAAUUUUACCAUGUAUUGGAAUAAUGACAGCAUGUCUUGCUCUUCCAAAAUAUUUAAUUCCACUCAAUCAGAGUCUGUGGCAAAAUGGAAACCCUUACAGAAGAGAUAUGUGUAUCAGCUUCAAUAGAAAUCAAUACCUGAGAGAUUUGGAAUUGAAUGGAAACUCUUACAAAGUACAGGGAUUGGACUUCAUUCCAGACGAAUAAAUGAUCGAGUAAUAAAGUAAAUAAUUUUAGUCAUGUUCAGAAAUCCUUCUUAUUCGUAAAUCAUUGUAAUAUUUGUCGUUCAUAUAAAUGUAAAAUUAUACUGUCAAUGAAUAAAAUGAAUUGAUCAUUUCCUAA